AAAAACCCACCACUUUGAGUGAAUCACACAGUUUUCAGCGGAAAAAAUCGAUUUUUUGCGGUAUAAAAUUGGAGGUCAACUUUUGACAUGACUGACGACGACAUCUUCGUGCCGGUUCGGGAAGCAAUCGUGUCGGAGGAAGUGGUCAAUUUGAAAUCCUUCUUCGUUAACGAAUUCAACAGGGAACCUCAAUUUUACGUUAGAGUCCCUGGGAGGGUCAAUAUCAUUGGGGAGCACAUAGAUUACUGUGGGUAUCCUGUCCUGCCAAUGGCCAUCCAGAAAAAUAUUAUUCUGGCUGUGGCAUCGACCGAUGAUGGGAUACUGCAGCUGAAGAAUGCCCAAAAUAGCAUCUACAGGCCAUUUAAAUGCUCUAUUGACUCAUUCAAGAUCGAACUACCGGAAGGCCGAGGUCCAGAAUGGUACAAUUACUUCCUGUGCGGAGUCCGUGGGGCACUGGAAGAGAUUACAGCGACUGGAGAUAGUAAGCCUAAAGGCCUAAUGGUGGCAGUUAGUGGAAAUAUCCCACCAGCUUCAGGUCUCUCGAGUUCCAGCGCUCUUGUGAGUGCAGCUUGUCUUGCCACAAUGCAUGCCAAUGGCCAGGAAUUGCAGAAGCAACUUCUUGCAACAAUUUCAGCCAGCAGUGAGCGUUAUAUUGGUACUCAGGGUGGUGGUAUGGAUCAGGCGAUUGCUUUUCUGGCCCGUCAGGGAUGUGCUCAGUUCAUUGAGUGGAAUCCGUUAAGAGCUAGUCCUGUUACCCUUCCCCCUCAGGCACUAUUCCUCAUCGCCAAUAGUCUUACAGAAGCCAACAAAGCUGCAACGUCAGAUUUCAACCAGAGAGUCGUUGAAUGCAGGCUAGGAUGUCGGCUUUUGGCUAAAAUAUCCGGACGGGCUGAUUGGAGGGACAUUCAGCAAUUUGCUCACCUGCAGGAAAUUUUAGGGUACUCCCUCGAUGAGAUGGAAACUUUAGCUCAGGAAUGUCUAACACGGGAUAUCUAUACCCGAGCUGAUCUCUUGACUGAAUUUCAAGUAGAUGCUGAUGACUUUGAAGAUUCAUUACUUACUCCCAAUACACGAUCCUCACAACUCUUUCGCGUUCGCCAGAGAGCCCUUCAUGUUUUCCAAGAAGCCAACAGAGUAACCAAAUUUCGCCAGGCUGCCCAAAAUGGCGACAUUGAGCAACUGGGAGAGCUCAUGAGGGCCUCUCAUGAGAGUCUUCGGCAUCUCUAUGAGUGUUCCCAUCAGAAUCUCAAUGAUCUCGUUGGGACAGUAGGCCGGGUGGGAGCCAGUGGAAGGCUAACAGGAGCCGGAUGGGGUGGAUGCAUUGUAGCCCUCUGUGACUCAAUAGAUCAAUGCGAUAGUGCAAUACAGGAGCUAAGAAAGUACUUUGCUCAGCGUCCAGAAGCCGAAGGACGCAACUUUGACGAUCUAGUCUUCAUCACGAAUCCCCAAAGAGGAGCAGAAGUGUUCCUCAACUAAAGCCAGUCUUUUCUGCAUUUAUUUUUUCAAUCCUUUUUGUGUUUUUUUGAUACACUUUAUGCUUUAUAAUUUCCAGUCAAUAAACUAUACAAGUGUUUUAAAAUAUAAUAGAUAAAAUUACUGAAAUAUACUUAUGUAUUAUAGUAAA